AUGGCGUUCGCCGCGCGGAGGAGCAUCGCCACCCGGCUCUCUCACCAUCUCACCUGCCACCUCCAUCCCUGCGUUCCACACGCGCUUACCUCCCACUCCCUUGACGAGCAGGCGAGCCCCUCGCCGCCGCUCCCGCUCCCGCCACUUCACGCCCCGCUCCAGCAACGUUCUAUAGCGGCCCAAACCCUAGGCUUCCUCCCUUUCUCGCUCCACCUCGCGGGACCAACGCGCCGCAGCUUCUCGUCCUCGGCCCCCGCCCCCGCCCCCAACCUCGAGGCCGCACCAGCCGCCGAGGUCGAUGCCGCGGGCGUCCUUGCAGAUGCAGCGGAGGCGGCGGCGUCAGUGCCGGCGCCGUUCCCGGGGGAGGUAGCCGCCGCGGCUGCCGACUCGUUCCCCCCGGUUGCCGCACUUCAGCACAUGAUCGACGCCAUCCAUACCUUUACCGGGCUGAACUGGUGGGCGUGCAUCGCACUGACAACGCUUAUUAUCCGGAGCGCCACGAUCCCGUUGCUUGUGAACCAGUUGAAGGCCACGACGAAGCUAAGAGCAAUAAAUCCAGAGAUGGAAGCCAUUAAAGACCAGAUGGAUAGUAUGGAUCCAAAAUCAGCACCGGAGGGACAAGCUAAAAUGAAAGCGCUGUUCAAAAAACAUGGUGUUAGUCCACUUACUCCAAUGAAAGGACUCCUGAUCCAAGGGCCAAUGUUCAUGAGCUUUUACUUUGCCAUAUCAAACAUGGUUGAGAAAGUACCUUCAUUCAAAGGAGGUGGAGCAUUGUGGUUUACUGACCUGACGACUCCAGAUUCUCUUUACCUCUUGCCUGUGUUAACAGGACUGACCUUCUUGGCCACAGUGGAGCUUAACUUGCAAGGAGGAAUGGAGGGAAAUCCUAUGGCCGGUAAAAUGAAGUACUUUUCUAGAGGAAUGGCUGUUUUGACAGUCCCAUUUACAAUGAAUUUUGCUAAGGCAAUUUUCUGUUACUGGAUCACAUCAAACAUAUUCACCCUAUUAUAUGGUAUUGCUAUCCGGCGGCCAGCUGUGAGGAUGUGGUUUAAUCUUCCUGCUUUGGAAGCUCAACCUUCGUUCACGGCAAAGCCAAUCUUCAAUAUGUUUGGUGGAUCUAAGGCAAUACCAGCCGCAGAGUCACCAGUAGCAAUCGCAGGAGCCCAGCGAUCUGGUCUGGGCCAACCUGAUGCUGCUGCUCUUGGCUACAAGGUCAAAAAUCUUGAAAAGAAAGUGAAAUCCAGGGGUAAAUCUCGGAAACACAGGUAA